CCCCCCCAAGGUUAAAACAGCUGGGCAGACAGCCAGACUUCCUGUAGAAACCAUAGCGCUAUGAGAGCCUGAAAGAGGAGGGGUGGAGUAAAGACAGAAAAUGGGACAGAUAUACAAACACAUAGAAGCACAGAGAGAGAGAGUCAGAGACACGAGUUACAAUGAAGAAAGUGGGGAAAGAUGAGAAGAUAGUGAGAAGGAGAGGUAGAACUAAAAGCAGAGAAGAACGUCAUGAAAGACUCAGUCAGGAGGUUUGGGAUCUGAAGAGCCAGGCAGCUGCAGAAUGCUGGGCCUGAGAUCUGCUGCAGGCGAGGGAGGGAGGGGAGAGGAGGAGAGAGAGAAGUACAAAUGAAAAUGUGAAAACUAAAAAGAGGGAUGAUCACAUCCAUAUGGGGAGCUGCUGAGAAGGAAAACAGGAAGAGAACAGGCAGAGAAGGAAGGGGGGAGGAAAGACACAAGAGGAGGAGAGCAAAACUGCACAAAGAGAAAGAAAGUAAGAAAAAGGAAUGAAAUACAAAUUAAGAGAGGAGCCACUCUGAGCAGUGCUGGGGUUUGAAGGGGGGGGGCACAGCUGAUGGGGGAGGAGUUUCAAGGCUAGGUCUAGUGAUGAUGUGAACCCAGACUGUUUUCUAUUUUUCUCUGAGCUCAAAGUGUCUUCUUCUCCCUGCGCCUGCAUUCAGCCAGUGCUUCAUUCUACAGACAGGGGCUCUUGAGGAUCCAUCUCUGCAGGACCCUGUCUGCCUGGACCGAGGUGGCAGUGCCCUGGCAAUGAACCAAACUUACACCCCUCUUGUGGAGAUGGACUGCCCUCACCUGGGGACAACCUAAAGAGUCUUUGUUUAAACAGGACCGAUCCACUGAAGCAACAGGGAUGUCUUAAUCCCCAUAUAUGGGAAUCUCGGGGGAACUGAAGACUAAUUUCAUUGAGUUUGCCAGUGCUAGUAUGCAUAUUUUAUUGUCCAGUCUGGAACCGACUUUUCGGCAAUGGUGAAGAUUUUAAUUUGUGUGCAGAGUCUGGUCUCUAUUUUACACCUGCAUCCCAAUUACACUGCGUAUAUUCUCUUUGCAUUGUUGUUUGGACAAAAAGUAACUAGAACUGGUCUCGGCCGCGCCUGAUUACACAAAAGGAUGCCAACUUCUGUAGAGCCCGAAAUAAACACAGCAGGGCUGGGCUGUGAAGGGUUCUGGAGACACAGUGAUGGUUCAGAAGCCAGCCAGGAGGCAACACCAUGCUGAGUGAAACAAGGCGGUCUUACAUCGCUCUUCAUGGUCACAGGAACUUACUUCAAGCAGCGAUUGAUCUGCUAGCCAAAGCUUUUAACACAUAAAUACAAACUGCAACAAAUACAAACUGCAAUAAAUGCAAACUGCAAUACCGUCCACUGUCCUUGGGACCGCUUUUAAAAUUGAUGCACAUCCUUGAGGGCAGGACAAGCAAUAAUCUUCUGCGGCAGAAAUAUUUACAUUGUACCACUGGACUAAAGAAGCGGCUCCACUCAAUCAAGCACACAGAGAAACGCUGAACUAGCAUUGGGAUCUGCACCAGUUCUCAUUUCAUUUUCUAUUAUUAUUAUUAUUAUUAUUAUUAUUAUUAUUAUUAUUAUUAUUAUUAUUAUUAUUAUUAGUAGUAGUAGUAGUAGUAGUAGUAGUUGUAGCAGUAAAUGUAGUAUUGGUAGUAGCAUCAGUAAUAAUAGUAUUUUUUUUUUUUUAUAAACCUCUCUAUCUGUAUUGUCACACACUGCCUCUGCCUGCCUGGAUACUGUGCCAACCCUUUUUCUCUGCACCUGAUCUGGCAUUACACUGGUUCAGCCCGGUUCAGCCCGGUUCAGCCCGGUUGGGCCAUGACGACAGCAGCCUGGUACCAUCGUGAUAUCAGCCGGGUGCAGGCCGAGGACUACCUCGCCCGGGCCGGGAGGGACGGCAGCUUCCUGGUGCGGGACAGCGAGUCGGUGCCUGGGGCCUACGCACUGUGCCUGCUGUUUCAGUGCCAUGUUCACACCUAUCGAAUCCUGCCUGAUGAGGAAGGCUUACUGGCUGUGCAGACGACGCAGAGGGUGCAGGUGAACUGUUUCAGGACGCUGGCGGACCUGGUUCAGAGUUACCAGCAGCCCCGCAAGGGCCUGGUGAUCCCUCUGCUGUACCCCGUGGGGAACGACAUCGAGCCCGGAGAUGACGGCUCAGAUGGCGAGGAUGAGAGACCCGGUCCAGUCUGGUCCCAGAGUGCAGUGCAGGCCAGUCCCAGCAGUGCUGGUGCAGGGGAAUCUUCUCCCUCACCCCCGCACCCUGCACAGACCUCCAUCCCCCUCCUCCUCCAACAGAGGUUGCAGGAGAUGGGCCCCCCCAGUGGGGCGAGUGAUCUGAUUGGCUUGGCGAGUGAGUACCUGCGCACCCAGCUACACCUGGACCUGGAGGGAGUGAGGAACGGCAACUCGAACCUGCAGCACUUCAGCAAGGCUCUGGGGGCUGCCUGCGGGGGGCUGCACAGUGAGAUUGACCUAACCCUGUCCAGUCUGGAGACCCUGGCCAAAGUGUUUGACGACCCAAGCCCGUCCCUGACCUUGGCUAAGACACAGGGUGUGCCAGGAGGGGGAGACUCAGAUUUGGGGAGCCUCAUCACUAAGAUCUCCUCCCUGAACAGCCUGCUGUCCUCACUGGAGAGAAAGGUGCUGAAAGCCCUACAGGAGGCAGUGUCCAAUCACAGCCUGACAGUGCCGCCAGCCCCGCCCACUGGGACCGCCCCCAUCGCUCGCAGAAACGCCAGAGUCACGCCUGUUCACACCUUCCAGGUGAAGGUGGCUCGUGCUGGCAGGCUGGCUCUGCAUAUCGAUGUGGACGGCGGGAGGCUGAUCUUCGAUAAGAGACCCGGGGCCUCACACGAGGAAUGCGUCUCGCACGACAAGAUCCUACAGCUGGUGAAGUACCGGAGCGCUCAGAACCGGCUCCGGAUAGUCCUGGACUCCCAGAAGAACCAGCAGAGAGAGGUCAUGUUUGAAAACGCCCGGAAGAGGGAGGCGUUCUGCCAGCUGCUCCAGCUCAUGAAGAUGAGGCACUCCAAGCAGGACGAGCCCGAUGUCAUCUCCGUCUUCGUGGGCACCUGGAACAUGGGCAAUGCCCCUCCUCCCCAAGGCCUGACCUCCUGGCUCACCUCGACUGGUCUGGGGCGGGUGCAGGACGAGACCACAGCGGCGCUGCCCCACGACGUCUAUGCCAUCGGGACGCAGGAGAACACGCUGGGCGAGCGUGAGUGGGCCGAGCACCUGAGGGGGGCGCUGCGGAGCAUCACUGACAUCGACUUCAAACUGGUGGCGCUGCAGACUCUGUGGAAUAUCAAACUGGCGGUGCUGGUGAAGCCGGAACAUGAGCACCGCAUCAGCCAUGUGGGCACCUCGAGUGUGAAGACUGGCCUGGGCAACACGCUGGGGAAUAAGGGAGCAGUCGGUGUCUCCUUCCUCUUCAACGGGACCUCCUUUGGCUUCGUCAACUGCCACCUCACCUCUGGCAGUGACAAGACAAUCAGGCGGAACCAGAACUACCAGGACAUCUUGCGUCUCCUGUCUCUGGGGGACAAGCAGCUGAGUGCCUUUGACAUCAGCCUGCGCUUCACUCACCUCUUCUGGUGUGGUGACCUCAACUACCGGCUGGACCUGGACGUGGAGGAGAUCCUGAGACACGUCACCAAGCGGGAGUUCGAAGAGCUGAUGUGUGCUGACCAGCUGACCCGCGAGCGCGACAAGAGGAAGGCCUUCCUGCACUUCAAUGAAGAGGAAAUCGCAUUCCCGCCCACCUACCGUUACGAGAGGGGGUCCCGGGACUGUUACCUGUGGCAGAAAUACAAGACCACUGGGGUGCGGAUCAACGUCCCCUCGUGGUGUGACCGCGUGCUCUGGAAGUCCUACCCGGAGACACACCUCGUCUGCACCUCCUACGGCUGCACUGAUGACAUCACCACCAGCGACCACUCCCCUGUCUUUGCCUCAUUCCAGGUCGGAGUGACAUCACAAUUCAUCUCGAAGAAAGACCCGGGUUUGAGUGUGGAGCGAGCCUGCAUUGAGCUGGAGGGGAUUGAAGCCAUUGUGAAGACCGCUAGCAAAUCCAAGUUCUUUAUUGAGUUCCACUCAUCCUGCCUGGAAGAGUUCAGGAGGUCGAGUGAGAAUGAUGCUCAGAGCUGUGAGGUGACCGGAUUCCUGAAGCUGGGCUGGUCAGCCAAACAGCUGCCCAAGCUCACCCCGAUCCUGCCUGACAUGGAAUACCUCCGGGAUCAGCACAUGCUUCUCUCUGUCAAGUCCUGCGAUGGAUACGAGUCAUACGGUGAGUGCUGCAUUGCGCUGCGUUCCCUCAUCGGCAGCACUGCCCAGCAGUUCGAGAUGUUCCUGACUCACCGUGCCGAGGAGAUGGGCUCCAUACGCGGGCGUAUCCGUGUUUGCGUGCCGAAGGACCGGCGCGGAACGAGAGAGAGGAUCUAUGAGUGCUUCUGCCUUGAGAAGGAUGAGAAUGGGGAGAUGAGAGGCGGGCUGUCUCCCCGGACACCCCUCAGCCAUGGUGCAAGCGCUCCUGUCUCCUCUGAAACCCCCAGCAGCUACACCAACCCUGCCUACUUCAUAUUCGAGGCGGUCGUCCCGCCACAGAAGGGGCCCCCAGAGGGGGGGCGAGCUCCACCAGCCAGUGAAUCCCAGCCAGUGUGGCGCAAAGACCCCACACUGCACCCCAAACUGCUGACCCAGGACAGCAAAUCCCCUCGCAGAGCCAACUUUGCUGAAAUUGAAAUCCCGGGGUACCCCCCACACUACCGGAGCCCCCGAGAAUGCACAUCGCAGCCCGGCUCCUCCUACCAGCUCUUCCCUGCCAAGGACCGAGCCCCAGUGAGCACAGCCCAGCCCAGGGCAACCCCAGAGACUAGCCUGUAUAGCGACCAGUCCUUACAGUACAAAGCCUCUUUGUGUAAGGAUCUGCCCUCUCCGAAUAGGGACCAGCAGAACUACUAUAUGAAACAUGCUGGUGUGUAUGAAGACCAGUCUUCAUUCUAUAAGGACCCGCACAAGCUGAAUAAGGACACGCCCCUUUUCUAUAAGGCCCAAGUCAAGGCCCUGCCUCCGAGGCGCUCCCGAGCCGAGGCUGCCCCCUGGAUCGUGGAACCUCAGUUUGGAGGCAACGCGGGAGACCACUCCCUCACCGCGCUCCAGAUCGCCAAAUCACUCAGCGAAGUGGACUUCCAGCCAAUCGGAAGCGAGUAUUCAGUCCCCAGGGGGCGGGGGCGGGGUCCGGUGUAUGGAGUCCCUGCCUUCUCUGAUGUGUGGAGUCGAGGAGGCUGCUGGGAACCCCACCCAGCACAGCGAGAGGUGCUGGCAGUGCAUGGUGUGCCAGGGACAGUGGGGGAGUGGCUCAGGGUGCUGGGACUGCAGCGGUAUGAGACGGGGCUUAUCCUGAAGGGCUGGAAUGAGCUGGAAUACUUCAGUGACAUCACUGAAGAGGAUUUGCUGGAAGCUGGAGUGAGGAUCCCCGCCCACAGGAGGGUGAUCCUGGAAAACCUUCGGGAAAUCUGGGAUUAGCGAUUGGGAGUUGUGCAAAUAACAACUGCAGUAGGAAUGACCUCUUUCCCAUCGUGGCUCAUGUGUCUGUGCUUGAAUGACCUCUUUCCCAUCGUGGCUCAUGUGUCUGUGCUUGAAUGACCUCUUUCCCAUCGUGGCUCAUGUGUCUGUGCUUGAAUGACCUCUUUCCCAUCGUGGCUCAUGUGUCUGUGCUUGAAUGACCUCUUUCCCAUCGUGGCUCAUGUGUCUGUGCUUGAAUGACCUCUUUCCCAUCGUGGCUCAUGUGUCUGUGCUUGAAUGACCUCUUUCCCAUCGUGGCUCAUGUGUCUGCGCUUGAAUGACCUCUUUCCCAUCGUGGCUCAUGUGUCUGUGCUUGAAUGACCUCUUUCCCAUCGUGGCUCAUGUGUCUGUGCUUGAAUGACCUCUUUCCCAUCGUGGCUCAUGUGUCUGUGCUUGAAUGACCUCUUUCCCAUCGUGGCUCAUGUGUCUGUGCUUGAAUGACCUCUUUCCCAUCGUGACUCAUGUGUCUGUGCUUGAAUGACCUCUUUCCCAUCGUGGCUCAUGUGUCUGUGCUUGAAUGACCUCUUUCCCAUCGUGGCUCAUGUGUCUGUGCUUGAAUGACCUCUUUCCCAUCGUGGCUCAUGUGUCUGUGCUUGAAUGACCUCUUUCCCAUCGUGGCUCAUGUGUCUGUGCCUGAAUGAGCCGAAGAGACAAUCAUUGGCGCUCUGCACAUUUUUAUUCUUCCCUAUGUUGGAGAGACAUUGCCUCCUUGUGGCCUGUUAUCUGUUCACUGAGAAAUAGACAUCCAGUUGCUGAAAUCCUUCUUAUUAAAUUGCAUUCAAGUGGC